UCGGCUUUUGGUUCGUUUGCAAAGCUGUCCGUAGUGAAACAAGUAUGGCUCAGCUGUCUGCCAAACCGACCGGUAAAUUAGCUUAGUGUGAAUGUGGAUUAAGUUUCCAAAUUCACAUUAUCUGCAUGAGGUUUAUUCGGCAACGUUAUAUGAACCACCAUUACUAGCGUUGUUUAACCUGAAUACAAGUAACUGACGGUAACGUUCCGGGUCGAUCUAUGAACGAGGGUGCAACUCUCUCUUACCAACUAGAACAAGCUGUUCUUGAUCGAUUUAAACAUGGACGCGGUUGUAAAAUUCACAAGCCAAAGUCAAGGAAGGGACCGUAUAUUUAGGGCAACCCAAUAUGCAUGUGCUCUGUCGAUAUAUUUACUUCGAAACAACUCAGAAAGAAAGAACCUUGUGGCGAAACUUAAAAGUCUGGAGACCAACAUGAGCGCUGGACGAAAAUUGUUCAGGCUGGGAAACACAGUAAAUUCCAUUGAGGCUGCUAAGCGAACUAUGCAACUCUCUGACCGAGUGCUGUGCCUGUGCCUUACUGCUGCCAACAUGAACCGCGCUCUCUACUUUAUCUGUGACAAUGUACUUUGGGCCAGAAGUGUCGGUCUUAUCCGCGAUAUCGACAAGGAACGCUGGAGCCUAAAUUCCUCUCGCUGCUACUUCCUCUCGCUAGUUAUGAGUCUGGCCAGAGAUGUUUAUGUUGUCCUCCAGUUAAUGACACAGAGAGCAAGAGAUAAACACUUUAGACAGAAAAUGGAGCUGCAGCUCAAUGAGAGUCCUGAAGUAGCUGAAGCUGUCGUUCCUCACCUGGAUGCGUUUCUCUUUCUGCUGUUAGAGAGCCUAAAGUCGCACCCUGCUGUUGCCUUGGACACGCUGAAAAAUAUAUGUGAUCUCUUCAUUCCCUUAGACAGGUUGGGUAUAUACAAGUCAAAUGCAGGAGUGGUGGGGUUUUGUGGUUUGAUAUCCUCAGUGAUUGGGAUUGUAACCCUUGCACAGCCCAAGUUAAGACUCAAGCCAUGAUAACAAGGGUGGAGAUAAACCUUACUGACUAACUGCAGAUAAGAGAUUAUCAUGACAGGUUUUUAAAAGGAUUUAGUGUCAUCUACCUGGAGCAGUAAUGGUGGACCGAGGUCAGCGUGGUGCUCAGUUAGAUUAGACAACCUAUCACAGGCACAUUUUAUAACAGUUAGAAUAGCAUUUAUGUUUUACACCAAACUCAGGCCAGCAAUAACUGAAGGGAUGACUGAAUUUGAUUGUUUUGUAUCAUACUUUUGAAAAACAAACUUAACUUUGAAUUAGAGUUAAAACUUGAAACACUGGUUUAAAAACUGUUUAUUUUUCAUAAUUAAAUAACCGUUGCAUUCCUGUCUUCUCCAACAUCACAUAUAACAGCAGUUUUGUAACUACUAAGUGCUCCUUAUUGAUGCAAGCUUUUGCAUUUGCACUCGCUUUUGUACCUAUCUGAGAAAAAAGUUAGAUCUUAAUCUGAAUAGGGUUGCCACUUUAAGUUCUCUGCCUUUCUCUGCUCUCUGUUUUGUGAUAUGAUGCUGCUAAAAGUUUGAUCUCUAUGAUUCAAUUGAUGAAUAAGCUGAUUCUCAGCCAAAAGUGCUUCCAGAGGUAAAAAAGCAGCUGAGAGAUUUCAGGGGACAGGCCUUUUUCACAGCAGACAUGUUGACUUGUCAAAGUAGGAAAAGCACAUGUGUUACUAAUAACACUAACAAUGGCUCUGUUCUCUUCAAGAGUCCCGGGGAGAGUGAGCCAAUACCAUGAACCUGAAAUUAAGGGGCCAUCCCCACGGAGACGCUUUUUGGUGCAAAUGCACGUUUUGCAUCGUUUGGGCCCGUCGUCCACACGAAUCCAGUAAACGCACUGCCUGAAAACGCACUUUUUUGAAACCUGGUCCCAGGAUGAAAAAAUUCAAAAACGGCUCCCUUUUGGCUUUGUUAGGACGGCGAAGCCGCAUACUUAUCGUAUCGAUGAUGUCAUCGCCACACCCCUCGACCUCUUACCUGCGGCCACUGACACACACGACUGCGGUGAAGCUAUAAGCGAGCAUAUCCCAUCUCCAUGGUCAAACAACUACACUUCGUCUAAAUAAAUGUCUCUGCUCCCUGACACUUCCCUCUGCUCUGCCGGUCCUGGAUUCUACACAAGAUAUAUUGCUAACGUUAUGUAGCUAAUGUUAAACAUCGCUAAAGCAGCUACGUUACGUUAACGUUAGCUGCUAUGGUUAUCUGUUUAUAAAGUGGAAGUAGACAAUUUAUCAACUAGCUAGCUAAUCUGUCUGUCAA